CCUCGUAAGUUUAGUGUUGUUAGUAUCUAUUCAGAACUUCAAUCCAGACACAUUUUGGGUUUAUCUCUGGAUCAGAGAGGAUUUUCAGAAUUAUUGUGCAUUGGAGGCAAUGGAAAAUACAAGAAUGCCAGUGAGCACGAAAAACCCAACUGUGUUGCAGAGCCAGGAGUUACAUGAGUACAUACUGAAGACUAGUGUGUACCCAAGAGAACCAAAUGCUCUCAAGGAACUGAGAAUUGCUACUGCAAACCACCCAAUGGCUUUCAUGGGGACUGCACCUGAUGCAGGUCAGCUAAUGACCUUUCUCUUGAAACUGGUGAACCCAAAAAAAGCAAUUGAAAUUGGAGUUUUUACUGGCUACUCUCUUCUCCUCACAGCUCUUACAAUUCCUGAUGAUGGCAAGAUUACAGCCAUAGACAUCAACCGAAAAACAUACGAAAUAGGCUUGCCAGUUAUAAAAAAAGCCGGUGUGGAACACAAAAUUGACUUCGUUGAGUCCCAAGCUCUGCCUUUUCUCAACAAACUCUUAGAAGAUCCAGAGAAGGAAGGCAGUUUCGACUUUGCUUUUGUUGAUGCGGACAAGAACAACUAUUGGAACUACCAUCAAAGGCUAAUGAAACUGAUCAAGGUUGGUGGGAUACUCAUGUAUGAUAACACACUCUGGGGAGGAACAGUUGCUUGGCCUGAAGAGGAUGUUCCAGAGGCCAAAAGGAAGUGGAGGCUGUGCGCAAUUGAGUUUAACAAAUUGGUUUCUGCUGACACAAACGUUGAAAUUUCUCAAGUUCCAUUGGGUGAUGGGAUCACAAUCUGCAGGCGCAUAUGCUGAUCAAGUUGAGUCAGAAAGUCGAUAUGAAUAUCAUAUGUACUUAAUCAGAUUAGUUCUGUUAAGAAACUACUUUAUAAACCUCAGUUGAGAAUUGAGAUGAAAUAAAAUCACCCAGUUCAUAAAAA